CCCACAUGGAAGAGCAGUAAUGGGUAAUAGUCUGAGGGCUGUACCAGGCUAGGAAUUUCCCUAGUGAUGUCCUUAACCCAGGCUCCAUGGAGGCAGCAAACGUCCCUAAGAGGAAGUUCCAUCCAAUAUACUGGCAUCUCUGUUCCCCUUAGAAAGGAAUCACCUACAACUAUAACCUGGCUUUUCUUCCUCGUGGAGGUGGUCGUGAUACAGGGCGUAGGCCUUUCUGACCUUAGCAACAUAUCUGGCGUAGAUGGGCCAUCAUCCACAUCAUCCAUUGACUGGUAUUCCACAGCCAGAGCCUCAUACCUGUUGUACAGAAGUACCUGGGAAGGAGGGGGUUCAUCUCCUGCCCUGAGCAUGGACUUGCUCCUUUCCUUUAAGCUACUGCCUUCAGCCUGGUGGGGGGAGGAUACCUGGCUCCCGGUGGGUCUCUCCACUCCCCUGGUGUUUCCCUGCCUUGGGAAACCUCCCUGUGCCCAAAGAUCUGCCGCUCCACUAUGGGUCGGGCCAGGUCCAGGGCAGCUUGCCUCAGCUGGUGAGUAUGGAUGUAUUCAUGAGAUGGGAUAGAGAGGAAUGAAAAGGAGACACCUUGCAUAGGUUUCAAGGAAAGAUUUGGGAACUACAAGAGACUGGACUGGGGGUACAGACGAGCCGGGAUUAUAGGGGGUGAAGGCAAGGAAUUAGACAUCUAAAUAGAGGGGAUUUUGGGACACCAAGUCAUGUGACUGGCAGGAACUGAAGGUAGAGGAUUUGGAGAGACCAAAUUGAGGGACUGGGAACCCCUUCUCCAACCCACACACCUCAGGGACCCAUGUGUCUGGGUAUCUCCACUCCUUUCAAGAGGGGACCCAGGCAUCUUGGACCUGCCUAGGAAACCCACUGUCCCCUGGGGACCCAGGCACCCGGGCUCCACCUAGGAACCCUACUGUUCUGUGGGGAUCUAGGUGCCCAGGCCCCGCCUAGGAACCCUGCUGUUCCCUGGGGACCCAGGCAUCUGGGUGCUCUGCUUUGGGGCCAUGGGGUGGUGGUGGGUGCCCCUGAUGCUGGUGCUGGCCCCCUGGCUCCCUGCAAACACAGGCAUCCAGGCAGGGGGACCUGGAUUGUGGCAGUGGGUGGCCUUGGUGUCCUGGCUCCCCGGGGUGCAUCCCUGCUUGCUCUGCUUUGGGCCUCCCAUUCAGCGGGCACGGCUCUGCCGUGACAUUACUGGGGCCCCCCUCAACAACCCUCGACAUCGACACUGCCUUGAGGCCCUUGUCCAGGCUGCUGCGCCACUUGCCUCUGUCACUGUGGGGUCAGGGCAGCAUGAGGCACUUCGGAAGAUCAUCAUGGAUGCCCUGCAUUUUCUGGAGAAGCACAGAGACAAGAAGCCCUUUGAGGUGUCUCUGCAGGAAGCCAUCAACAUAACCUGGGUGAAGCUGAGCCAUCUGGAGGAAGCUCCAGACUGCAUCCCCCCCUGUGGAUACCAGCCAGCUGCCCGCAUCUUCCAGUGUGCUACCUGCCGCCUUGUGGACUGCCAGUUUCCUCUGGACUGCCCAGUGCAGGACAUGUGGGCCCGCGUGGAUGAAGUCAUCACACUGCACUGCGAUGUGCCAUUUGCCACCCCCCCCAACCUGCCCAUUACCUGGAUGUUUGCCAAAGAUCUGCGCACACAGGAUCUGGCAUUGUUUGAGGAGCUGCAGGGGAGUGCGGAGGGACCUCUCAGUCUGACCAUCCAGGAUCCCACGCCAGGAACCAUCGCCUGUCGCCUUGGAGUCCUUUCUGAGCCCUUAGUCCGCAAGUACUUCUACCUCAACGUAUCAGGGGGGAGCGUGGAGGCAGAGCAGGGACUCCAGGCUCGGUUCAGAGCUGUGCUGCGCUGGCCUCAUGGCAGGACCUCCCUGCACCACAUGGGAUCGCUAGGGCUGGCACUUGGCUCCAUGGCGCUCAUGCUGCUGCUGAUGUGAGUCCUCCUGACCUGGUAA